AUGUGGAGACCGUUCAGGCAGCUCAUGCCCAAAGAGCAUUCCGGGCCUUCUGGCGGCCUCGAGGGCCGAACCAUCGAUGUCGGCAAUGUGAAGGUGCACGUCCGGGAAGCCAUUGCUGAGGGUGGGUUCUCGUGCGUGUACCUCGCCCGGGACCUGACCAACCCAGCAAAGAAGUACGCGCUCAAGCACGUCAUUGCCCAGGACAAGGAGUCGCUGGACCUGGUGCAGAAGGAGAUCACGGUGAUGAGGGCGCUCAAGGGGCACCCGAACGUGGUCACGCUCGUUGCGCACGCCAUAAUGGAUAUGGGCCGUGGGAGGGAGGCGCUUCUGCUGAUGGAGUUCUGCGAGAGAUCGCUGGUUUCUGCCUUGGACACUAGAGGUACUGCAGGGUUCUAUGAUGAGGAGCAGGUUGCUCUCAUCUUCCGGGAUGUUUGCAAUGCGGUGUUCGCGAUGCACUGCCAGACACCACCUGUUGCUCACAGGGACCUAAAGGCCGAAAAUGUGCUUCUUGGUGCUGACGGGGCUUGGAAAUUAUGUGAUUUUGGUAGUGUAUCAACAAACCAUAAGUGCUUUGAUAAACCAGAGGAGAGGGGCAUUGAAGAAGAUGUCAUCAGAAAGCAUACAACUCCUGCUUAUAGGGCUCCUGAGAUGUGGGACUUGUACAGGAGGGAAGUUAUUAGUGAGAAAGUAGAUAUAUGGGCUCUUGGAUGUCUCAUGUAUAGAAUCUGCUACUUAAAAUCAGCUUUUGGUUUAGAAUCAAAGCUUCAGAUCCUCAAUGGGAACUAUCGUAUCCCUGAAUUACCGAAGUACUGUUCUUCCAUUACAAGUCUGAUCGAAGAGAUGCUUCAGUCCUCUCCAGAUGCCAGACCAGACAUUACACAGGUAUGGUUUCGUGUUAAUGAGUUACUUCCUUUGGAGCUGCAAAAGGAUUUACCUGAUGGAUCCCCAUCUGGAUCAGCAUUUGAAUUGCAAACUACUGAGGAUGAAGGUGGGCCUUCUCCCAUGCAUGGACCUUCUUCAUCACGGUCAAGAGACAAUGUGAGAAAUACACCUCCGAAAGGUCCUUCCAUUUUGAGGUCACAAGUUCCUGCUGAGAGUAAGGGUUCUGCAGGUGCAUUUUGGUCAACUCAACAUGCACAAGAACUAGCUUUUGCGGAUGACAAGGGGUCAGUUCUAGAUCAAGAGCCCAUACAUGAUGGCAUAGCAAAGCAACCUCAGGCAAAGAACCAGAACACAACACGGAAUGCAUACAGACAGUCUCUUUCUGCUUCUGUUGAUAGUUCUCCUGGGGAUUUUGAAAUAAGGUUUUCUCCAAAUGGUUCAGAAUAUGGCCUAGAGAAAACCCAAAACACUAAACCAGAUAACAAAACCAGUGCACAGACUGCCACUUUUAGCUCCUUUGUGGCAGACUUUGAUAAUGUUAAGGUGAGCUCAGAGGACAAUGCCGGUAGUUUAAACGCGGCAAGUAAAUUGAAAGGACAACAGCUGGAGGCCGAAGUAACUUUACUCAAGGAGCAAUUGAAGAUAGCAAACUUAGAGAAGGAAGAAAUCUCACUGAAGUUUGAUAGAUUGUCAGCCAUUUGCUCCUCUCAGAGGCGGGAGAUACAGGAACUUAAACAAGCGCUAGCCACAACUUCUGCACCAGUGCCAGUUAAGGAGUUGAAAGAAAAUUUGAAGGCUGAAUUCUCCCCACCCAGCACAAGCCUUGACACUCCGCCAAGGGAGAAGAUUGCAGGAACCCCACCAGAGCUCCGGCAAGGUCUAUUUACAUCAAGUCCAGGGACAGCAAGCCCAGAUCCCAAGCCAUGGUCCGCUUUCCCUGAAGAGCCGAAAGCUCAAGCAGCUGUAAAAAGUGCCCACCCGAGGUCGGUCCGAACUUUAAGGGCAUCACAAAGCAACAAAGCCGGCUCGCUUAAUCAGUCAAAAACAAACUCUGGUGCCGACCCCUUUGCCUUCGGUCAAGAUAGCUUUAAGGCUGUACCUUCUGGCACCGUGCCUUCUGAGAUGUCAAAUUUGGGGAAUGCUUCUCAGUCCCUCAACACUCUUAAGGCUGAAGUGGAGAAAGAUGCACCCUACCAACCAGCUGGAUGGACUGGGUUUUAA